CUUUAACGCGUCCCUGUCGCCCGGCUCUGACGUCUUAUGACCUGUAGGGUGACAGCAAGCAUGUCUGCGGCAGCCGUGUUGAGAGUAAGCCGGGUACUAAGAGGCAGCCUGCCUGCUGUGGGCUGUAUUUCACGAUGCCCACCCCGCAUCAGGCAUCCACUGGCCUCAUCCAGAAUUCACCUACCUGCCCUGAGUGCCACAGCAUGGCGCAGAUACACCACCCAGCCAGCCGAGAACAAAGAGGAGGAAGCUCUGCAUAACAUCAUUAUAGACACUGAGAAUGUGCAAGGAUCUGCCUCAAAACAUGAAUUUCAGGCUGAAACAAAAAAACUCUUGGAUAUUGUUGCUCGCUCAUUAUAUUCUGAAAAAGAGGUCUUUAUUCGAGAGCUAAUCUCUAAUGCCAGCGAUGCUCUAGAGAAACUGCGGCACAAGCUGAUGUCCCAGGGGGGUGAUCAGCAAGAGCUGGAGAUCCACUUGCAAACAGACAGCGAGAAAGGCACACUGACCAUCCAGGACACUGGAGUUGGGAUGACUGCAGAUGAUCUUGUGUCUAAUCUGGGGACCAUUGCUCGCUCAGGAUCUAAGGCUUUUCUGGAUGCUCUGCAAAACCAGGCUGAAAGCUCUGGGAAAAUAAUCGGACAGUUUGGGGUGGGAUUCUACUCUGCCUUUAUGGUGGCAGACAAAGUGGUUGUGUAUUCUCAGUCUGCAGAGCCAGGUAGCACAGGAUAUCGCUGGUCCUCAGAUGGAUCUGGUGUCUUUGAGAUGGUAGAAGCCAGCGGUGUCAGACCAGGCACUAAGGUCACCAUCUACCUCAAGGAAGAGUGCAAAGAAUUUGCCAGUGAAGACCGAGUACGAGAUGUGAUAACGAAAUACAGCAAUUUUGUCAGCUUUCCCCUGUAUCUGAAUGGCAAGAGGAUAAAUACGCUUCAGGCUCUCUGGAUGAUGGAUCCUAAGGAGAUUGGCGAGUGGCAGCACGAGGAGUUUUACCGUUUUAUAGCUAAAGCUUAUGACAAACCCCGGUACACUCUGCACUACAAAGCGGAUGCGCCGCUCAACAUCCGCAGCAUCUUCUAUGUACCAGAGAUGAAACCGUCCAUGUUUGAUGUGAGUAGGGAGAUGGGAUCCAGCGUGGCUCUUUACAGUCGCAAAGUUUUGAUCCAGACUAAGGCCACAGACAUCCUGCCCAAGUGGCUGCGCUUCCUGAGAGGUGUUGUGGAUAGUGAAGAUAUUCCACUGAAUCUUAGCCGGGAGUUGCUUCAGGAGAGUUCUCUGAUCAGGAAGUUGCGAGAUGUUCUCCAGAGACGUCUAGUCAAAUUCUUCAUUGAUCAGAGCAAGAAGGACCCUGAGAAAUAUAGCAAAUUCUUUGAGGACUAUGGUCUGUUCAUGAGGGAAGGAAUAGUGACCAUUGCAGAGCAGGAAGUGAAGGAGGAUAUUGCAAAAUUGCUGCGCUUUGAAUCCUCUGCACUACCCGCAGGGCAGCAGACCAACCUGACUGAAUAUGCCAGCCGCAUGCAGCCGGGCACACGCAACAUCUACUACUUGUGCGCACCCAACCGCCACCUGGCAGAGCAUAGUCCCUACUAUGAGGCCAUGAAAAAGAAGCAGACCGAGGUCCUGUUCUGCUAUGAGCAGUUUGAUGAACUCACCCUCUUGCACCUGCGAGAGUUUGAUCGGAAGAAACUCAUCUCCGUAGAGACUGACAUAGUCGUGGAUCACUAUAAGGAGGAUAAGUUUGAGGAUAACCGUCCAGAAUCGGAACUAAUUCCAGAAAAGGAAGCUGAGGAUUUAAUGGCCUGGAUGCGGAAUGGACUGGGGACUCGAGUAACCAAUAUCAAGGUGACACCACGUUUGGACACUCACCCAGCUAUGAUCACAGUGUUAGAGAUGGGAGCAGCGCGACACUUUCUGCGCACGCAGCAGCUCGCCAAGACAAGUGAAGAGCGAGCACAGAUUUUGCAGCCCACACUGGAGAUUAAUACAGGACAUCCUCUUAUCAAAAAACUGGGGCAGCUGAAGGACACAGAUGAGGAGCUGGCGAAGCUACUGCUGGAUCAGAUCUAUGAGAAUGCAAUGAUUGCAGCUGGACUUAAUGAUGACCCCCGACCCAUGGUGGGUCGUCUUAACGAGUUAUUGACUAAAGCCCUGGAAAGGCAUUGACACCCUCCAACUAGUUUGUACAAAUCCUGCUCCCUGAGUUGUUACUACAAAUAAUUACAGUAUCCAAUAGAAUUAAAAUAUGCUCCACUUUUUUUUACGUUUUAAAUCAUUCUUAUUGGUUCUUUCCCACUACCUGUAUGUAUCAGAGUAUAGUAUCUUAUUUCCUAUGGAAAGAAAAGCCUUCAAAGAAUAAACUGUUUCAAACCUUCAACGCUAAAACUGGUAUCAUUACUGAUUUGUCACAAGGGACAUAUUCAGCAACAAUUAACAUAACCUUGUGCUGUAUAACUUGAUCUGUACUAUCAUUAUUAAAGGGACAGUAAGCUUACAAAAUAAUGUUAUAUAAUUCUGCACAUAGUGUAGAAUUAUAUAACAUUAUCUUGGCGGCACCUUUUUAACUCUUAUGCAUUUCCUGAUUUUAAUUUUUUUCUACCAGAGCGGAAGCGAGCUACGGUCACUUCAAUGGCGCGAUCGGGCUCACAGUGACUAUACAGCAUGCCCGCAAAUCGCUUUUGAACCAACUUUGAGAUAAAAAAAUCAGGAAAUUUAUUAGUUAUAAAGGUGCCGCUAAGAUAAUGUUAUAUAGUUCUGCAUUUUGUGUUUGCUUUCCCUUUAAGCUUAUAUUCUUUGUAUCUGUUGAUUUGGUUGGUCUGCACUUUUUGCCCCUUGUCCUUGAGUUGUGUGAAACGCUGUAUGUGCCACAUAUAGAAUAUUAUCUAAUCAGCUGCGGGUAUGUAGCUACUAUAUCAGGGUAAAAAGCACUUGUGCAUAGAGUAAAGCACAAGGAAAAUAUGGCUUUUAUAUAAAGGGACACUAAAGUAUAACAAAAAAUAAAUGUUACCUUUUUAAAGGGACAUGAAACAACAUUUUUCUUUCAUGAUUUAGAUAGAGGUUUCGAUUUAAACAACUGUUAAAUUUACUGCUAUUAUCCAAUUUGCUUUGUUUUCCUGUUAUCUUAUGUUGAAAGGCAUACCUAGGUAGACUCAGGAGCUGGGAGCUAGCUGCUUAUUGAUAAUAGAAGUAAAUUGGAAAGUUGUUUUUUUUUUUUGGGGGGGGGGGUUCAUGUCCCUUUAAGUUAUAAUUUUUAUUCCAGCUUCGGCAAGAUGGGCAGAGCAGUCAAUUAAAUGCUAUUCCACCCCAUAGAUCUUACCCGCAACUCUAAGUUAGAGUGUCAUUUAGUGUCCUUUUAUUGUAGCAUACAGUGUUUUACAGCAGAUUGGAGAUGGGAAGCCACAGGCCAUAUAUAUAGGAAAUUACAAAUGUAGAGUACAGGUUUUGCAAUGAUAUUUUAAUAUAAGAUUAAGUCAAUAGUUGCUGUCAUUUUCCCUUUAAGAGAAAUAUAAUCCCUUUAAAAAAGUAACCUCAUGGUUUUUAUGUUCAGGUGAGCCUUUAACACGGUCAAACUGCAUUGGUUAGUUCAGGUUUUUACCCCUUUAACAGAAUUAAGGGACUUGUUUUAUAUAGGGACAUUUUAUGACCCUUUAAUGUUCGUUUUCAUUAAAACCUGUAAGAAUUCCCCAGAUCUGUAAGGGCAGAUGCGAAAGAAAUAUAUUAUUGUAAUAACAAACUUUUUUUUUUUUAAACUUUUGUUUUUUUUCUUUAAGACUGCAUCACAUUUUGUAUAAUUUAUUAAUAUUGCUCAUAUCAAUGUGACACCAGAAAAUAUGUCUGCCGCUGGGUUCAUUGUGUGCCAUCUAAAGAGAAGGUGUUUUACUAGAAUUGUGACUGUAAAAUGAAAAUGAUAAUAAAGGAUAUUGAUAUAUCGUA